AUGGCUAGAGACUUGGAAGGGCUGACAGAGCUAGGACAGGAGGCGUGGGCUGCGCAGGUUGAGAGGCGAGCUGGGCCUGGCUCGACAUGGGCUACGCGCUGGAGCAUGGGCAAGCGACGAUGGGCCUUGCUGGCUGGCGCUGGGCUGCUCGGAGUAUGCAAACUGGGCUGCUCCCUUUAG